UGAAAGGAAACCCAAAAUAUUUGACCAAAGUUGCUCUAACAAAUACCCUGGAAAUGAUUACACAUCUGUUAAUUUAGAUAAAAAACACUAAGAGCUACGUUUAGUCUUUUCUCUCUGCUUUAAUUGAUUGUGGGAUUUGAUUAUUGAUUAUAAAAUCAGACUGGAAAACAACUGAGGACAUCUGGUGGUUGGAACUGGGAAGUGCGGGAAGAAUGAAAAAGAAAACAUCUCAACUGGAGAUAAAAACACCUGAUCAAGUCUCUGUGUGUUGUAGAAACAUGAUGGGAUAUUUUAAGCUUCUCAGUCAGUUAAACUAAUAUCGAUUUACAAUUCAGCGAUCAAACAACAAAGAUGUGAAACUCAGGUCUGAUUCUGCAGCCUCUACAUUUAGAGGCUGAUUAGAUCUGUGCUGCUCCAGUCACACACUGUUUUCUGUUCUCCUGCCAGGUCAGGCCAGGUAAACCGCCUCCUCAUCGGAUCAACACAUCGCCAAACACUCGCUUACGCUCUGAUGGAUUCAGCCUUUUAAGCUCUGCUCCUCUCCGCAGUCAAACACUCUGCAGAUUAGCCUCCCUACUUUAUUUCACUACAUGGUGGAGAAGGAAUAGUUAGGGAAUAUUCCAGAAGUCUUUCCUUAGAGGUUGGGAUUUGUUUGGGAUAUAAGUGGAUCUGAUCAGCAGGUGUUCCUGAAGGAAGCUGUUCUGGAAAGGUCCGAGCAGCCCGGUGGGUUCCUGAUGGCCACGCUGUGAUGUUCCUGCUCCAUAACUGGCUGCCUCCUGCCUGAAGCGAUGGGUCAGGUCCAGGCCACCACAGACACAGAAGUGACUCUGCAGAACAUUCAGGAACUGUACCGGAAAUUCACAGAUGAAUGUCCGAGUGGAAACCUGCACCUGCAUGAAUUCAAGAAAAUCUUUGGCGUCAGCAGCAAAUCAUCAGAGGAGGAGGUGGCUUUCAUUGAACUUGUCUUUAAAUCCUUUGAUACCAAUAAGGAUGGUAAGUUGGACUUCAUGGAUUAUGUGGCAGCUGUGAACCUCGUUCUUCGUGGAAAACUCAUCGACAAACUGAAGUGGUCUUUUAAAAUUUACGACAACGAUGGGAACGGCUGCCUGACCAAUCACGAAGUGAGGCGUAUUAUCAAAAUCAUCACCAAAAUCAAAUGGCAUAACGAUUCGAACGCAGAAACUGUCGACUGCAUCUGUGACAGGAUAUUUGAGCUGACGGACAAAAACAAAGACAGUCAGAUAUCUUUGGAGGAGUUUAUUGAGGGAGCAGAAAAGGAUCCGUGGCUCAUGGAGCAGCUCAGACUGGACUUGGCGCCUAAAACCUGGUUCAUUAAGAACCAGGAGAAGAAGACCUGAGUCCUCCAGACUGUGGGGAUGUUCAGCCUGACCAUCAUGAAGAACAUUUCAGCAACAUACACACUGGAUUAAACCUCAACGGCCAGCCUUAAUGUUCAGGUUCUGUUUUUAUGGAAAAAGG